AGUCAGCAUGGAAACGGACACCAUCCCAUUCCUUUUAAUUUGGAGACCAAGAUCGGCCAGAUUUUCCAUGACAUGGAUGCUGACAAAGACUUCUUCAUUUCUACGACCGAAAUCUCGGCAUUUUUUGUUCCAUAUGACCUGAAUAAUCCUGGUAACUUGCCUGUUAGCAUAGACCUGAAUGAAUUUAAACAGAGCUGGGAUUAUGGGGACACCGACGCACAGAAAGAACACAACUUUAAUCAGAUGGACUCAAAUAAAAAUGGCGCUCUCACUGAGAUUGACCUUGUCACGGUUUUUGGAACAGCUGACCAAAACAGAAAUGGUGUCAUAGACUUUGGAGAAUUCGACCACUACAUGAGAACAACCAUUUAUAACAACGUACUCUAACGGAUUCGGCUGUAAACACCUUGGGUCCGAAUUAAUUAAACGAGUAUUACAAUAACG